UGUCUUCGGCGGGCUCUGGGAAGGCCCCAAGUUAAUGAGGCGGGCGCCGGCCGCCGAGCGCCUCUCGGAGCUGGGUUUUCCCCCGCGGCGCGGGCGCCAGGAGCCGCCUUUUCCGCUGGGUGUCACUCGGGGGUGGGGAGGGCGGCCCAUUGAAAAGCGCCGCGAGGGGGCCCGGCCAGUGCCCUUCGGUGAGCGCUCGCGGGAGGACGGAGGAGAGCAGCCUGCUGGCGGCUCCGGGAUCUUGUGGCGCAUCAGGACGCGGCUGUCCCUCUGCCGGGAUCCCGAGCCACCGCCACCGCCACCGCGGCUCUGCCUCCUACGAGUCAGCUUCUUCUGUGCUCUCCGGGCAGCCGGCCGCAGAAGCCGCUGGGGUGAGGACGGCGCGCGGCUGCUGCUGCUGCCCCCAGCCCGGGCGUCUGGAAGCCGAAAGGUCGAGCCGAGCAGCAGCACCCCUUAUGCCGGAAGGAUGUUGGAGAGCAGCGGCUGCAAGGCGCUGAAGGAAGGAGUGCUGGAGAAGCGCAGCGACGGGCUGCUGCAGCUCUGGAAGAAAAAGUGCUGCAUCCUCACCGAGGAAGGGCUGCUGCUCAUCCCUCCCAAGCAGCUGCAGCAGCAGCAGCAGCAGCAGCAGCCCGGGCAGGGGACAGCUGAGCCGUCCCAACCUAGUGGGACCACCGUCGCCGGGCUUGAGCCACCAGUCAAGCUCAAGGAAUUGCACUUUUCCAAUAUGAAGACUGUAGACUGCGUGGAACGCAAGGGCAAGUACAUGUACUUCACUGUGGUGAUGGCGGAGGGCAAAGAGAUCGACUUUCGGUGCCCCCAGGACCAGGGCUGGAAUGCGGAGAUCACGUUGCAAAUGGUGCAGUACAAAAAUCGUCAGGCCAUACUGGCAGUCAAGUCUACACGGCAGAAGCAGCAGCACCUGGUCCAGCAGCAGCCUCCGCAGACACAGCAGAUCCAGCCCCAGCCGCAGAUCCAGCUUCAGCCGCAGAUGCAGCCUCAACCGCAGCCCAAGCCCCAGCCCCAACAGCUCCACUCCUACCCGCAUCAGCACCCGCACCCUCACCCUCAUCCUCACCCGCAUCCGCACCAGCACCCACAUCCACACCAACUCCAGCACGCGCACCAGCCUCCUCACUCGAUGCCGCACAGCCACCGACUUCUCCGCAGCACCUCCAACUCUGCCUGAAGAGGGCGGCACCCAGGGCCACUCAAGGGUUCGAGGACUUCGGGAAGUUGGACAGUUAGUUGCAUUGCUAUUGUGUUCACUUGGAUCAAAAAAAAAACAACAGUCUCCCCAUCCCGUGCAAGCUCAAGUAGUUUGGAGAUCUCCGGACUUGCAGUUCCUCUUAGUUUUCUGCAUAAUCUUCAUCACCGUGCAGGAAGCGAUUUUUGAGUCAAGAUGACUUUAUUUAUGAACCUUUGAAAGGAUCGCCUAACGUAAUGGACCUUGUAGGAGCAAUUUAUGUACUGUAAUUUUAUUUUAAUGUAUUUUGGUUUAUGAUUAUUUAUUAGUUUUUUUAUGCCUAUUCUAAGACAUUUCUGAAUGUAGGCCAUCACCCAUCACCCCACCCACCCCUGCCAUGAAACUUUAUUUUCAAAAACCUAUUUCCUGGUAAGCCCUAGUCUUGGAAAAGAAAAAAAAAGAGUGGUAGAGGGAGCAAACACUAAAAAUCGACUCCUUAUCCUUAGGGCGUUCUCAGAAAGUCGACUCUUUCAUUGUAUUUGAAAAGGUUGAAAUUAAAUUCUGACAUUACUUUUA